AUGAUCCAUUUAAGUAUUGUUAUCGGUCAAGAAAACUGGUAUCAUCCGGUGCCUUAUCUAUACUACUUGGGACCAAGCAUUUCCGAACAAGAUUGGCAAGAUAUAAUCGAUAAACCCGAUCCAGGCAUUCCGGAAGACUGGAAAGACUUGAUUGAUGCAAUCAAUUCAAAAAAAUCCAACCAAGAUCAGCAUCAACCAAUGGAUCAAUCCAGUCCAGGUACUUCUAACAAAUACUGGAAACCAACAUUUGAUAUAAUUAACCCAAAUAUUCCCAGUCAAGACCCAAUUGAUGAAUCUGGUUCAGGCACUCCCGACAAAUACUCGAAACAACCAAUUGAUCAGCCUGGUUCGAAUACUUUCGAACAAGAACAGCAACAAUCAAUGGACGAAGAUAAGUCGGGAAAUACUGCUCCAAGUCAAGUGACUGGAUUACGCCAAAGAUAUCAGAGAACCUUUAAUCGUAUAAAGCAAAGGCUUGAACAGUGUAAAGAAUUACGAAAGAAAAAACGGCAAGAAUAUCGUGAUUGUCUAGCUCUUAAAUCCAAACAACAGUUAGCAAACGAAGAAGAGAUAUCUGGAUCAAAGUACAAUCCAGACACUGAAAAUCAAUUGAAACAAGAGUGUAGAGUGGCAAACCAAAAAAUAGCCAGUGUCAGACAAGACUUGAAAAGGUUUAUGAAAAGGCGUGGUUUAGAAUUUCAAAAACUGAGUUCAGAUUGA